CGCCUCCUCGUAUUCCAUGAUAAUCGCAUGACCUGCGACUCUCUCCCACCGUGAAAUACACUUCCCUAGAGGCCAUACAGCCAAUGAUAGUUUGACUCUUUGCCCGGGACGUGUCGCUGACGCUUUUAGAUAAUCGCGUGGGUCUAAGAGGGGUUUCUUUUGGUAAAAACAGCUUCCACUGCUUUACAACACGCACUGCGUCCAAAGAAAGUUGUCACUUUUUGUUCAGUCUCACUCUUUUUUGUACUCAACUUUCCUACACAGACAGAGAGAGAGGGAGAGGGGAGACCGGAGAGGAAGGAAGCCAUGGGAGAAGGAAAGGGUUCGACUUUGGUGCACCUGCUGGUGGUGGUUCUGAGCUUAGUGGCCUUCGGGUUUGCCAUUGCUGCCGAGAGACAAAGAAGUGUGGGCGAAAUACGUACAGAUGUUCAAACGAAUGAAACAUACUGUGUGUAUAAUUCAGAUGUUGCAACUGGUUAUGGAGUAGGCGGUUUCUUGUUUCUUCUCUCAGGCGAAUCACUCCUCAUGGGUGUCACGAAAUGCAUGUGUUUUGGCAGACCCUUGGCCCCUGGUGGAAAUCGAGCUUGGUCCAUUAUAUAUUUUAUUUCAUCAUGGACAACUUUCCUGGUUGCGGAAGCUUGUCUCAUUGCCGGUGCUACAAAAAAUGCGUAUCACACCAAGUACCGGGAAAUGAUAUAUGCUCAGAACUUCUCCUGUGAAGCAUUGCGAAAAGGCGUUUUCAUUUCUGGAGCAGUAUUUGUGGUUGCGACUAUGAUUCUCAACGUGUAUUACUACAUGUACUUCACCAAGGCAACUGCUGCUCAGGCAGCUCACAAAGCAAAUCGUUCGAGCUCAACUGUCGGGAUGACUGGGUAUGCAUAGAAUCAAUUCGUAGUGCUAGUUAGCUUUCAAGUUUGCAUAUUGAUGUUAUGGUAUGGGAUGCCUCUGUGAUAGCAUACUUUUCAGUGUAUUUAUUACAUUGGUUUUAUCUAGUGAAUAUAUAAGUGCCUGUA